AUUAUGAACUUAGCCAUGGAAAUUUAAUUACUAAAAACUUUAGGUCCAUGUAAUGGGGAGUGGAGACUUUUAAGUCCAAAAGAGUCGAGCUCAACUCUGUAUAACAGUGUAAGCUUUUAUUUCCACGCGAAACAAGGCUAGACGUUAAUGUCACUGCUUCACUGCCCAAAUGCCAAAUUUCAAUCACUGAAGCCAGCGCUCUGCUUCAAUCAUCACUCAUCAAUGGCCAUUCUCUGCAACGCCUCCAUACGCUUCUCGGAGGCCUCAGCAUCAUCGACCGAGAUGACCACCGCCAUCUAGACCUCACCGGCAAGUUUGUAGAUCGUCUCCAAACUCAAUCUCGGAACCUAGGGUUCCGCUAUUCCGGAUGCGUUUAUGUUGCUUAGAAUACUGAAUAGAUCAAAGCUGCGGUGAGGCGAUGAACGUAAGCCAUUCGUCGGUUCAUCCCGUGGAAGCGCCUCCAUCUGUGGGCGCAGACAGAGACACAGACGCAGGCAAUGUUCCUAGUGUGAGGAUGAAGGACAUCCAAGGCAUGCCCGGUACUCCCGUGGGACUUUUGCUUCGUAUCUGUCAGUUUGUCUUCGCAGCUGUUGCUCUCUAUAUCAUGACCACUACCAGUGAUUUUACCUCCGUCACAUCUUUUCGCUACCUUGAUGCAGCUGCGGGUUUGCAGAGCUUGUGGAGCCUUUCAGUAGCCAUCGUUGACAUAUAUGCCCUUUUGGUGAUGCGCAGCAUACAAAGUUCCCUAGUAGUCAGUGUGCUAACCAUUGGUGAUGGGAUAACAUCUACUCUUACGUUUGCUGCGGCCUGUGCAUCUGCGGGCAUCACGGUCCUUAUUGGGAAUGAUCUUGGUAGCUGUUCCCAGAACCAUUGUGCAGAGUUUGAGACUGCUGCGGCCAUGGCCUUCUUGAGCUGGUUCACUACGUUGCCUUCUUUCCUCUUGAACUUCUGGUCACUGGCAGCCCGAUAUUAGAAGUGUUUGUUCGCCAGAUCUAUCUUGUCAGCUGUUCUUGGCAAGACCCCAACAUCAAAAGUUGUCACGGCGAGUUAUUCCUUGUCUCGGCAUAUAUUGUCCGACUCUGGAUUGGGACAUCCUGUCUACGGUCAAUCAAGCAAUAAAAGUAAAACAUUUGCCCGUUACUAGUAAUGUAAGUAUUUGAUCUGCAUCUUCUGUUUCUACAUGGUUUUGGGAAUGAUAAUUUCAAGAAUGAGUAUAUAUAUAGGUAAAGGAAAUUAGAUGUUUGUCUCA